UUUAAUUCUAGGGAGGGGCAAAAAAGGAUUUUAAAUGAAAAAACGGCUCUUCAUCUUAAAAAGUGCAAAUUAUUUCGCCCCAAAAUUUGGCAAAACGGCGCUUCAGUCCGAACAAAAUCACCCAAAUCCACCAUUGCCGGCGCCUUCAUCUCCCAUCGCCGAUGAAACACCUCGCCGCCGGUGAACUUCAAGGGAUCCUUACCCCCGAGAGUGAACAAGGUUAACGUCAAUGAAAGCGUCUCGUCAAUUGGGCAAGAAGAGGAUGAGUUCACUCAAUUUUGCGCCGGAAUUCUAAAGCUUUUGAACUCAGAAUUUGGUGCCGUCACUCUCCUCUACUGAAUCAUAGUUUUAUAUUUCACCAUAAAGGGAGCUUAGCCUUGGUACUUAGCUGAGAUGACCCCUAGGAUGAGGCUGCUGAUGAUACUAUGAAUUCCUACAAGGCCGCUCAGGUAACUAAGUUGGAAAAAUAACCUAUAUGAUAUGAAUAAAUUUGUGGAGGAAGAAUCAAUUCCUGCGUGGUCAUGGUCUGUUGAACAAUGUUUGAAAGAGUUCUCUGUGAAAAUUGAGAAGGGUUUGAGUACCUACGAGGUGGAGCAACGUAAAGAGAAGUAUGGUCCAAAUGAGCUCCAGCAGAAAAAGGGGAAGCCCCUUUGGUGGCUUUUUCUGGAACAGUUUGACGAUAUCCUUGUCAAGACUUUGCUAAUUGCAGCCUUCAUUUCUUUUGUUUUAGCACACCUCCAUGGAGCUGAAACAGGGGAUUCUCAGCUGGAAGCUUAUGUAGAGCCUUUUGUGAUCAUUUUGAUCUUGGUUUUGAAUGCAGUUGUUGGGGUUUGGCAAGAAAAUAAUGCAGAAAAGGCUUUGGAUGCCCUUAAGGAGAUGCAAUGUGACUCCUGCAAAGUUUUGAGGGACGGAUAUGUAGUGCCUUGUUUGCCAGCUAAGGAACUUGUUCCUGGAGAUAUAGUAGAACUGAGAAUUGGCGAUAAAGUACCGGCUGACAUGAGGGUUGCAUCAUUGAAAACUUCAACUGUAAGAGUUGAGCAAAGCUCAUUGACAGGGGAGGCAAUGCCUGUCCUUAAAGGCACUGAUCCUAUCUUUUUGGAUGAUUGUGAACUGCUGGCUAAAGAGAAUAUGGUUUUUGCUGGGACAACAGUGGUGAAUGGAAGCUGCAUCUGUGUUGUUAUUAGCACAGGAAUGCACACUGAAAUUGGGAAGAUUCAGAAACAAAUACACGAGGCUUCUCUUGAAGAAAGUGAUUCUCCUUUGAAGAAGAAGCUUGAUGAAUUUGGGAAUAAGCUUACAACAAUAAUUGGCAUUGUAUGUCUUAUUGUAUGGGUUAUCAAUUACAAAUAUUUCCUUACUUGGGAGAUUCAUCGUGGAUGGCCCACAAAUUUUCAGUUCUCCUUUGAAAAAUGUACUUACUAUUUUGAGAUUGCUGUUGUCCUUGCCGUUGCAGCCAUUCCUGAAGGUCUUCCAGCAGUGAUAACUACUUGCCUAGCUCUUGGUACAAGAAAAAUGGCUCAGAAGAAUGCAAUCGUUAGGAAGCUUCCAAGUGUCGAGACUUUGGGAUGCACUACUGUGAUUUGUUCAGAUAAAACUGGAACCUUGACAACGAAUCAGAUGUCUGUCAAAGAAUUCUUCACAAUGGGGUCAAAACUUACAACUUGUCGAGUUUUUCGGGUUGAAGGUACAACCUAUGACCCCAAGGAUGGAGGAAUUGUGGAUUGGAACUGCAGAACUAUGGAAUUAAACUUGCAGGCAAUGGCAGAAAUAUGUGCAAUCUGCAAUGAUUCAGGUAUAUUUUGUGAGGGUCGUCUGUUCAAAGUGACAGGACUACCAACUGAGGCAGCUCUGAAAGUUUUGGUUGAAAAAAUGGGGGUUCCAGACAGGAAGGCAAGAACCAGAAUUCUAGAUGCACAGCUUGCCAUGAAGUACAUGAUAGAUCGUAACACCGUGAAAUUAGGCUGCUGUGAGUGGUGGACAAGAAGAUCGAAGAGGGUUUUCACUUUGGGUUUUGAUCGUGUACGCAAGUCAAUGAGUGUUAUAGUUCGUGAGCCCAGUGGGCAGAAUCGACUCCUUGUCAAGGGUGCUGUUGAGAGUCUGUUGGAGCGCAGUACUUUUGUGCAGUUGGCUGAUGGAUCUAUUUUACCAAUAGAUGAACCUUGUCGUCGCUUGUUGUUGCUGAGAAACUCAGAGAUGAGUUCCAAAGGAUUGCGAUGUUUGGGUAUGGCAUACAAGGAUGACUUGGGAGAACUUUCAGACUUAAAUUCUGCACGUCAUCCUGCAUUUAAGAAAUUGCUAGACCCUUCCUGCUACUCCCUUAUUGAAAAUAAUCUAGUGUUUGUUGGAGUUGUUGGUUUGCGGGACCCUCCUCGUGAAGAGGUUAAACAGGCAAUUGAAGAUUGCCGAGGAGCUGGUAUCAAGGUGAUGGUGAUAACUGGAGAUAAUAAGUCCACUGCUGAGGCUAUUUGUCAUGAAGUUAAUUUGUUUCCUGAGGGUGAUGAUCUCAGAGAGAGAAGCUUCACAGGGAAAGAGUUCUUUGAACUUUCUUCAUUAAAACAACUAGAGAUACUAUCAAGACCUGGGGGAAAGAUUUUUUCGAGAGCUGAGCCUAGACACAAGCAAGAGAUAGUGCGAAUGCUUAAGGACAUGGGUGAGAUUGUUGCAAUGACUGGUGAUGGUGUUAAUGAUGCUCCUGCUUUGAAACUUGCAGAUAUCGGAAUUGCAAUGGGCAUCACUGGGACAGAGGUUGCGAAAGAAGCAUCAGAUAUGGUUCUUGCUGAUGACAAUUUCAGUACUAUAGUUUCUGCCAUUGCGGAGGGUCGUUCAAUUUACAAUAAUAUGAAAGCUUUCAUCAGAUACAUGAUAUCAUCGAAUUUUGGGGAAGUUAUAUCUGUUUUCUUGACUGCUGCUAUCGGAUUACCAGAAUGCAUGACGCCUGUGCAGUUGCUCUGGGUAAAUUUGGUCACAGAUGGCCCACCUGCCACAGCUCUAGGUUUCAACCCUGCUGAUGUGGACAUAAUGCAAAAAGCUCCGCGGAAGAACAAUGAUGCUCUGAUUGAUUCUUGGGUGCUCUUUCGGUAUAUGGUAUGAUUAUAGCAUACUUGCGCCAUCAUAUGUCUUUGCUCUGUCUUGCUUUCUGCUGAAUCUUUUAUUCUUGACUUUCUGCUUUUAGAAUGUGUGGAGUUGAAAAUGAUUGAGUUUGUUAAAUUUGUAAACUAUCUGCUGCUGUUGCAUUUGAUCAUAAGAGCUCUGUUGUUCACAGCAACAAUCCACUGAUUGGUGUAAAUUGAAUGAUAAAAACUGUUUGUGUCACAUGUAGUGUAAAAUCUUUGAUCGUUCUAUUCUUAUAGCUGUAAGUCAGUCAGAGUGAUGGAGUAUCAUCUGUUCCUGUCACUUUUACCAUUAUAAUACAUAUGGCCUGCAUAUUGUUCUAUGCACACUGAAGAAUAAAUUUUCAUGUUCCAAAUGCUCAGGAGAUGGUGUCAAUGCAAUUUACAGCUUACAAUUUACAAGUAUCAUUGACUUAGUUAUCAGCGUUUUGAGUAGUGUAUUUUAGUGAGCAAUUCAUUAAUGUCCUUGCAGAUAAUCGGGUCUUAUGUUGGUGUUGCUACUGUUGGUAUAUUCAUUCUAUGGUACACUCGGGCUUCUUUUUUGGGUAUUAGUCUGAUCAGUGACGGCCACACAAUAAUUGAACUAUCCCAGCUUCUCAACUGGGGAGAGUGCCGAAGAUGGUCAAAUUUUACAAUCACUCCAUUUACUGUUGCUGGUGGCCGUGCAAUAACAUUCAUCAACCCUUGUGAUUAUUUCUCUGUUGGGAAAGUGAAGGCAAUGACCUUGUCCCUCUCGGUCUUGGUGGCUAUUGAGAUGUUUAAUUCUCUAAAUGCUCUCUCAGAAGAUAACAGUUUGAUCAGAAUGCCUCCAUGGAGAAAUCCCUGGCUGCUUAUGGCCAUUUCAAUCUCAUUAGGCUUACAUUGCUUGAUCCUCUAUGUGCCUUUCUUGGCAGAUGUAUUCGGUAUAGUUCCGCUAACUGCUAAUGAGUGGCUUCUGGUUCUCUUGAUCUCUUCUCCUGUAAUCCUUAUUGAUGAAAUCCUCAAAUUUAUUGGAAGAAGAAAAACGAAGAGAAGAAGAUUCAAGCAAGCUUAGGACCUUAGGUCACUGAUUGCAGAUUUCUGUAAAUUCUGAUAGUAUGUAAUUCAUGACUAACCUCUCACUCAGUAUCUUAGAAUGAAGAACAUCACUUAUUUCAUCAAUUAGGAACUCAAGGAUACAUUAGUUACUCUCCCUGUUCAUGCCCCUAUGUUUUUCACACAAAGUGUGUGCCUUUCAUCUUCUGUGGCUCUUUUUGUUGAAGAAGUGAACCUUAAGGUGACAUUUCAUUUGUAGUUAAGAUGGGGUAAAUUGAAGUUUUGAUGUCGAGUUUAAAGUUUGGCUUCAUCAAUCCUACCAAACGGCAAGGAGAUUUCAAAAGAUUUUGCAGAA